CAUAUCCCAAAAGUCUAGCUUCGCAUUGUUGUCAGUUGAAAACAAAUUGUGCACCCAAAAUGAUUUCAAUAUCUGCUAUUGCUUUGGUCGUGUACAAUAUAUUCCUGUAUUCGGUGGCCUGGGAUAUCAAACGAAUUGAAGAAGAUCCGCCCAACACUCAGCGCAGCCUCUUGCAUGUCAUACCGGUCGUGGGGAAAUGGAUCGCUCCCGAGCAGCCACUGCUGAAAUGGUUGAUGGACGUGCCAUUCAGCGAGUUCGGCGACAGGUUUUGGAGCAUAAAUGUUGGACUAAACACACUGCUACUGCUACCGGCUGUUCUCCAGCAAAGAGUAUUCAGGCACAUCACAAUGAUAGUGGCAGGGAUCAUUACAUGGAAUUUGUUCGUCUUUCAGCGUGUCUUGGUGUACUACUUGAUAGUCGCUUGGGCACUCUGGCAGGGACAGGUGGACCACAAUGUCUUAAAGUUUAUCUUUGGCGGCCUGUGUAUGAGCGCCCUUCACUUGGCUCUCAUCUGUAUGUCUAUAAGGUUCUUUGUGGAAGAAGAAAUCUGCAGCAAGUCCCCUGCCUGCCCUGUGAUCACUCGCAGUUCAUGGCGCCUUUAAGUGGAUUGGAUGCCGUGCCCCCAUCCGACAUCCGACAUCCGUCACCGGCUUAGCCUUGCCACAACUACAAAUACUGGGCCAUUGGUUCAACUAAUAAAUAUCCCAGAGAACAGAACACACACACAGAGGUAUCCCCAGCUCAGAUACAGAUACACAGACACGCGCACGAACAUGAACAAAUGAAUCGCAGCUGAGCUGAGCUGCUGGCCAGUCUGGGUCAGAGGGGAGCUGGG